ACGAAAAUCAUCCUUUCAUAGUUUAUAUUAAACUCAUUUGAUUUAAAAAAAAAAAAAAGAAUAUUUAUUGUUAUGGAGAAUAACACGUGGUCCGAGGCGCCGAGUGAUGGUUAUAGUUUGCCGGUAUAUGGACUUACCGAAGGACAUUUCUACACGCUCCAUAUUCCCGCACUAUCAUGUAUUUUCCUCAGUUUUGCUUCCGCGGUACUAACCAUGGUGCUCAGCUUCCGCCAAAAGUCGUACAAAACUUUCUUCUUGUGGUCCAAAAGCGAGAGAUUUGUGGUAUACCUGGCAAUCUGUGACGCUGCUUUCAAUCUGGCUCAUAGCAUGGAUCACCUUCAUAUUCUAAUAACGAAAAACCACGUAUAUCCCAAGGAGUUGUGCGAGUUCUAUGGUUUUAUGCUGGCUGAGUUUAUAACUGCUCAAAACCUGAUGGUUAAUAUCAUUGCAGUCAAUGCAUUUGUGCUGAUAUUACUUAACAAACAGAUUGACUUUGGUAUUAAAGAUUAUCGCUUGUUACUAUGGACAUUUGGAACUCCUUUUAUUUGUGCCACAGUUGCAGGAAUUGCAGGGCAGCUUGGACCCAAUGGAUCAUUGCAAGUAUAUUUUUCUCUCAAUUUUAUCUGCUAUUUUGACGGAGUGAAGGGAACGGUAGCUAACUUCCUGUUUACGACUGUUCCACUGACGAUAAUCCUGGUCCUCAACUCCAUUCUCUACAGCAUGACGCUCAGAAACAUAUACCUCAAAGAGAAGGAACUGAAAAAGACGUUAGGCAAGCAGGCGUUAACAACCAGAAUGAGGCACGCCGCCGCGCGCGCCAUGUCCGUAUUCGUGCUUGUAUUCCUCAUCCAGUGGUGGGCUAUGGCUGUUUACGGACUCUGGUCCUUUAUAGAACCAGAAGCUGUUCCAGCCCCGAUUUAUCACUUGACACCUCGAGUACAAUCGUCGAUUCGCGGGGAAGAAUUCUCUGGGCCGGUGCACUUGUAA